AUGCCGUCACUGUCUUCCGUUAUCGCCAAGGGCUCGCAGUAUCACACUCCCGAGCCCCGAUUGUGGGUCAUCCAUACCUCCGGCACUGGUAUCCUCACCGUUGAGGACCAGGACGUUGGCACUUACGGAAUUGAGCGACCUAAACAGUAUAACGAUUGGGAUGGUGUGAGUGAACUUGUCAAUCUCCGCGCCGACGCUUUCCAUCCAAAUGUGGGUGUAUCUUGA